AUGAAAACAUAAACAAAGUUGAAGAUCAUUCUUGUAGGGACUGUUCUCAGCACUCUACACAAAGUAGGCUAAGUCUAAGCGACUCCAGGAGUUUAGGCUCUUGGCUCUAAAUAUAAUGAUUGCGAGGAUAUGAUAAAUUUGGUUGAUUGCACUGAUUGUUACUCAAUGAGCAGGGCAAACAAUGGAGGGAUUUAAAGAUUCCCAUUCAGUGAUGAAUAAUUGGUUGAUACGGCUGUAGACUUUGAAUUGGUUACUUGUGCUUUCGUAGGUGAGUGCCCUGAUGGUGUACUCAGAAACUCAUGCAACUGGAGAAGAUAUUUUGGUUAUUCAUGCUUCACCUAAACCUCAUUGCAGAAUACACCUCUAGCAUCACUUGAAACGAAUGCAAUCAUGCAAUUAAUUCUGGCUGGUGGACUCACAGGAUACACAGUUGGAACGAAUUCCCUUCCAAAUCAUUGCUAUUACUCAGAUCAUAAUGCCCCAAAAGGUAGUGAGGCAACCUUUAAUUUCUACAGCAUGACUGGUGUUUUCAACCCUAAUGUACUUUGGAAUGAUGUUUACCUAACAAAUAGCUUUGGAGGUGAAGCCGAAAUUGACUAUAUUUAUAUGAAUGUUAAUGACUAAACAGAUAUUGACAACCUCCUUUGCGAUCAUACUUGGGCUAAAUCAACAACACUUCCUUCUGCUAGUCUUUACACUUAGUCCUAUUCGCAAUAUACAUACCCUGCAGGUGUAAGAACUAUAGUUCUAGAUGAUUGGGAGCCUAAUGCUAAUAGCUUCCCACUCUUAAGAAUGCCAGAUUCAAACGCUAUUGUAGGAGUUGCUCUAAAUGGAGUAUUUUUCUUUGCAGGAUCCUCUCAUUAUGGUUAUGAUGCAUUCUUCCCAAAGGCUUACGGAGCUAGAGUUAAGCCUCAAAAAGUUGAUGUUGAUGUUUGCCUCGGAAAUGUUGACACCUAUAGUACUUACAGAUAUCAUAUGUUCUCUCCCUGCAUCUACGAUAUUGCUUUGAGAACUCAAGCAAUGGAUUGCAAGAAUCAUGAAAUUUGCAGUGUAGAUGUUAGAAAUCAUUCUUAGGCCUACAUUCCACAACAGCUUAGAACCUUGGAUCCUGUAGGAAUUGCAAAAGACGGUAGAAUCAUAUAUGGACCCUACAGAAAAGAUGGAAAUUUAUGGCAACCUUGCGACGUUGAUAUGUGCAAUGGGCAUAAGUUUUCUAGAUUAAACUACGGUUAUGUUGCUACAAUGUUCCACCCCUAUAUUGUUGGAUGCUGGGGCCCAGGAGCUAGACCAGUAAAGAUGUAUGCGUCUUGUUCUACCAAUGGAAGAUACUGUACUAGCGGAUCUUACUUAUUCAGCUCUCUCAUUGUUGUUAUUGUAGCUGUUCUAUUCAGCUUCUUUAACUGA